GAGAUUCCAACGGUUGUUGUCGUUCACGUGUAGACAAGUGUCCUUUUUCUUUUUCUCUCUAAAAAUCAAAAAUCAAAAACUAAACUUCGGCUAGUUGAAGGAAACUUUCCCUUUCCAUGAAAUCCUUCUUUAAUCCUCCUUAAACAACCAUAAAGUUUCAAUCUUUCUUUCAUUUCUUCCCCAUGAAGGUAUGGUGUUACAAUCACAUCCUUCCUUAGCAUUCUUUGUCCAGUUUCUGUUUGCUUCCUGGGAAAAUAUAAGAAAACAAAAGGUAACUGGGGUCUUUUCCUUCUUUCUUUCUUUUUUCUUUUCUUUUUGGGAUUAGAUAGUGAGUUAAUGGAAUUAACUAGACCAAACCCACUUAUGUUUUAGCUUUACUUGAGUUGGGUAUUUGCUUUUUUCACUGUUAGUUCCUUUUUGUUUCCCCAGUUUCGAGCAAACAAGUUGGGUUUUGUAUAGUUUUUUUUUUUUUUGUUGUCGUUGGUUUUGUUAAGUGGAAAUUUUUGUUCUGUUAGGUACUAAAUAGAUUUUGUUUAUUAAUCCAAGUCAAUCAAUGUCUGAAGUCUUUGAAUCAUCGAUGAGUAUGGAUCGGAAGAAGAAGAACAAGAGGCUUCUGGUGUUCAAAGAAUGUAUGCAAAGAUCCAGUCUUGUGAUAGAGUGCUUGUUGCUUUGAUUUCACUUGAAGAGAGUUUUAGGUUAUCUUUAUUCCUUUUGUAAAUUUUUGGAGCAAUGUUAUUAGUGUAAGGAUGUAAUAAUUUUCUGGGUUGCAUGGUUGUGGUGUUUUGGAAUUGCUUGAUUUUAAAGUUUGAUGGAAUCCUUAAGAAGGAAGAGGAAGGGCUUAGAAAUUUUGCCUUCAUUUUGCAAGUCCCUUGCUCCAUUAACAGUGAUGUGGCCGCGGUUGUCAUUGGGAGAUUAUUCGAGGCAAAGGAAGAAGUAUAAGGAAGAUGAGGAUAAAGAAGCUGUUGGUUCUAGUAGAAGUGUAGUUAAAGUUGUUUUCACUGCUCCACCUUGUAGGAGUGUCCCUGCAGAUCCACUUUGUAGGGGUCUUAAGAGGAAAAUUGGGUGUAUUGAUGUGGCAACUCAGUUGGGCAGGAAGAAAAAAAUUGAGAAAGAGUAUGACUUGGGUGCAUCUAUUGGGCAAGGGAAGUUUGGGUCGGUGGUUUUGUGUAGAAGUAAAGUGACCGGAGAAGAGUUUGCUUGCAAAAUGCUGCGCAAGGGAGAGGAGCUUGUGCAUCGGGAAGUGGAGAUUAUGCAGCACCUCUCAGGUCAUCCUGGUGUGGUGACAUUGAAGGCAGUGUAUGAGGACUUAGAAUCCUUUUAUCUUGUCAUGGAGCUCUGCACUGGGGGACGAUUGCUCGACCAGAUGGCUAAGCAAAGGCAGUAUCCGGAGCAUAGGGUUGCUAGUAUACUCAAGGAAGUGGUUUCAGUUAUCAAAUAUUGCCAUGACAUGGGAGUUGUUCAUCGGGACAUAAAACCGGAGAAUAUCCUCCUUACAGCCUCUGGGCUGAUGAAGCUUGCAGACUUUGGCCUAGCUGUGAGGAUGUCAAAUGGUCAGAGCCUCAGAGGUGCGGUUGGAAGCCCUGCCUAUGUUGCACCAGAAGUUUUAGCUGGUGAUUAUUCAGAAAAGGUUGAUAUCUGGAGUGCUGGUGUCCUCCUUCAUACUUUGUUGGUUGGCGUGCUUCCAUUUCAAGGUGAUUCAUUGGAUGCUGUCUUUGAGGCUAUUAAGAAGGUCAACCUUGACUUCAAAAGUGAAUUAUGGGAAUCAGUAUCUCAACCUGCACGGGAGUUAGUUGCUCAUAUGCUGACAAGGGAUGUUUCAGCAAGAUUAACUGCUGAUGAAAUACUAGGACAUCCAUGGAUCUUGUUCUAUACAGAACCAACACAGAAGGAACUUAACCAAAAACCAAAGUUUCAAGACCAUGCAACACUGACUUCUCAACAACUAACUGUCACAAAUAGGUUGGAGUCAGAGAGAUACAGGAUAACAGCCAGUGGUUUUCUCAGUGAUGACUCUAGCCUAAUUUUAUCAUCUGAUGGUUCUAGGUCAAGGUUGGAAGAGCAAGACUGUGGAUUGGUUGAUGCUCUCACCGUGGCAAUAUCACGUGUGAGGAUAUCUGAACCAAAGAGAAGCAGGUUGUGUUGGCCCACAAGCCCUAUCCGACAAGAGUGUUCCUCUAACAUUAAGAUUAACAAUCUCUGUACAGCAUUUUGAUCCUGUUGUGUAAAAAUGCUGACUCGGCUGCCAGGCAUCGCCACUGUUAGUUAUAACUGCAACGGAAGAAAACCCUGUGGCAAUGGAUUUGUUGCUGCUUGGAGAAGGAAGAAUAAAGACCAUUAAUAAAACAACCUUUUAGGUGAAAGUAAGUGGCAACUAAAAUAUUCUUGUUUCUUUAAUUUGUGAGAACCAUCUGGUGUUUUAUCGGUGAGCAACUGGUUUCAUUUCUUUCAUUUAGCCUGAUCUGUAUUACUAGUACAAUGUGGCUUCUAAGCUUCCUGUGUAAAUAGCAUGUGUUACUGCUUGGCAUGCUUUGCCUGAAGCUUCAGUUCAAUGUUGGUUUUUUUCAACAAAUGAAGCCUGACAUGUAACAUAUGUACGAUUUUGAGUUGUAGAACUAAAAUGUGUUGAGUGUCUGAUUUUAUUUUGGU